AUGGAAGAGCGGAGCAAAUUCAAAGAGCUGCCUAUCCAGCCCCAGGGCAUCUUUUGGAAAGAUGACUUCAUCGACCCCGAACAUGAGCAACAGCUCAUCACGAUCUUCCAAAAUGAGCUAGAAUGGGCCGAUCGCCCUGGCCGUCUUUCACUCCACUACGGCUACACAUUCGACUAUAAGACAUUUGGCAUAGAUCCGGAUAUCCCCCAUAAGGAAUUUCCGGAAUGGCUUCAGCCGCUGAUUCCGACUACCGAGACCCGUCCUCCGGAUCAAGUCUGCUUGCAGUACUAUCCACCAGGUGCCGGUAUCCCGCCGCACGUAGACGCACACGGUCCAUAUGACCAGCUCUACGCUUUAUCACUCGGCGGGCCCGCGGUUAUGCAGUUUCGAAGGGAAGAAGAGCGAGUCGAUAUUGAUUUGACUCCUCGAAGCAUGAUGCAGAUGGCGGGCGACUCAAGGUUGCAUUGGACCCAUGGCAUUAAGAAGCGAAAGAAUGAUAUUCUAGCUGAUGGGACGCAACGGCCGCGCACCAAUCGCUGGAGUAUUACUUAUCGCUGGCUCCGAGAUGGAGGUGAAUGCGAAUGUGGGAAUAUAGUGCAUUGCGAUACAGCCCAGCGACGACUGGGGGUUGAGAAAGAGAAGAGGUCGGUGCUGGCACUGGCAGCAGAAGCCAGCGUUGCGGAUCAGUUCUCCUGA